AACGGAAAAAGCCAUUAGCUUCUCUCUUCGCGCGGAAAAAGCCCUAACUCCAAAAUCCAUAGGCGGACGUUGCCGUAGUCGCGCCGAUUGCAUUGCAUUUGAAUCAUGUCGUCUUCUAAGAAAACUUACGAGAAGAAGAUAAUUCGUCGCAAGGAAGAGAAGGCGGCGGAACCUGAACUACCAAAAUACAGGGACAGAGCUAAGGAACGUAGAGAAGAUCAGAAUCCCGAUUACGAACCUACUGAUUUGGGGUCUUUUCAUGCUGUGGCUCCCCCAGGCGCCGUCGAUAUCAGGGCGGCUGAUGCGCACAAGCUGUCCAUUGAAAAGAGCAAGUACCUCGGAGGUGAUGUGGAACACACACAUUUAGUGAAAGGAUUGGAUUAUGCUUUGCUUCACAAAGUGAGAAGUGAAAUUGACACCACCAAGAAACCUGAUGACGACGAGGAGGAUGCCGAUGGGAUGCCCAGAGCACCCAAGGAUGAUCAACCAGUGUCAUUUCGCACAGCAACUGCAAAGUCAGUAUAUCAAUUGAUAGUCAAGCCCCAAAUAACUAUCAAGACAAACGAGAUGUUCCUUCCUGGUCGAAUGUCAUUCAUUUUUAACACGGAGGGUGGAUUUUCUCACGAUAUUCCAACUACUCUGCACAGGAGUAAAGCCGAUUGCCCAAUACCAGAAGAGAUGGUUACUGUAAGUGUUGAUGGUUCAGUGCUGGAUCGAAUUGCAAAAAUUAUGUCAUACCUGCGUUUAGGAUCAUCUGGAAAGGUCCUUAAGAAAAAGAAGAAGGAUAAAGAAAUUAAAGGAAAAGUUGGAGCUAACAAUGCAUAUGAUGAAGAUGAGAGGGCAGAAAAGCAAAAUGGUGGAGCAAUGAAGCAUCAUAAUAAUAAUAUUAAUAAUGAGAGGCAAAUGCUUCCCCCACCACCGCCUCCACCUCAUAAUAGAACAAUUAACUCAAUAGAUAAGAAUGUUCCACCACCGUUGCCUGUUGUAAGAACUGAAGAGGAUGACAUAUUUGUGGGGGAAGGUAUUGAUUAUGCUGUCCCCACCAGAGAUGGGAGUCAAAGCCCCAUUUCAGAGGACAUGGAAGAAUCUCCUCGGAGCAACAAAGUGCCUUAUUUCUCUGAACCUGCCUAUGGUCCUGUACCACCACCCUCCGAGCCUUCUCAUGAGUGGCAACAAAUGAAUGGAUACGAGUCUAUGCAAACCCAGGCACUAGCUGCUGCUGGGUCCUAUCAAGGAGGAGGAGGAGGGGUGGGAGAAUGGCAACAGGAUUAUCAGUAUGCUGAGCAACUUGCUUAUUCUGAACAAUAUCUCCUCCUCCAACAGCAGCAGCAACAGAACAUAAUUCAGGGGGGUUAUGAUCCACAAACAGGCUUACCCAUUGUUCAGCUGGAGGAGGACCCACACUUGAUGACCCAGGAAGAGAAGGACAGGGGUUUGGGAUCUGUGUUCAAGCGGGACGAUCAGAGACUUUUGCAGUUGAGAGAGAAAGACGCGAGGGAGAAAGACCCAAAUUUUGUGUCGGAGAACUAUUCAGAAUGUUAUCCAGGGUACCAAGAAUACAACAGAGAGGUUGUGGACAGUGAUGAAGAAGAUGAUUUAUCGAAGAUGGAUAUGGGUGGACGGGCAAAGGGUCGACUCCACAGAUGGGACUUUGAGACAGAAGAUGAAUGGGCGAAAUACAAUGAGCAGAAGGAAGCCAUGCCUAAGGCUGCAUACCAGUUUGGAGUGAAGAUGCAAGAUGGUCGAAAGACAAGGAAGCAGAACAGGGACCAGAAGCUGAACAAUGACCUGCACAAGAUUAACAAGAUUCUUUCCAGAAAGAAGGAUGGUAGCGGUGAAGGUGAUGACAAUAACGGAGGAGGUGGAGGAGGAGACGACGAUUCUCACCCUGGAAAGAAGAUUCGGAUCUAAUCUAAUAACAUUAUAUGUGUCUAAAUCUUUUACCUUUCCUUUUACUUACAAUACUUUGCAUUGCUGCCUCCUUCAUGCUAUUGUUGUACAAUUUUAUCAUCUUUCAAAUUAAGCUUAAUAUCUUAAAUCAUACCCUCUUUUCCUUGCUGGAAAAUAUUGCUAAUUUAAUAUCCCAAUCUUUUACCUUCAUAAUUAAUUGACUUUUCAUA